AUGGUUUGGAAUUGUCGUGGUGCAGCGAGUAAGGCCUUUAAUAGAUAUAGUAAACACUAUAUCGAUGCCUAUAAGUCGGAUGUGUUUGUUAUUUUAGAAACUAGAAGUGAUCCCAGUUUAUUAUCUAAAAUUUUAAAGAGACUGGGUAUCAGAUGUGGUAGUGAGGGGAACUGGUUGUUUACGGUUGUAUAUGCUAGCCCUCAAGAGAAUAAAAGAAAGGUUUUAUGGGAAGAGAUAAAAACUUUGGCGGAAAAUGUGAAUUCUCCUUGGAUGCUCGCUGGAGAUUUUAAUGAUAUGGCGUUCAGUUCUGAGAAAAAAGGGGGUGCAAUUUCCUCUACUAGGAAGUGUAAAGUUUUUAGAGAUAAUAUCAAUGAUUGUAGGCUGCUGCAAGUUGAUAUGGCUGGUCUGAAGUUCACGUGGAGAGGCCCUAUGUAUCAUGGUGGGCAACGAAUUUACGAACGUCUGGAUAGAUUCCUGUGCAAUGAAGAUUGGAAGGUUGAGUUUCCGGAUGCACACGCUAAAGUUCUUACGCGAGUGGAGUUCUCGGACCAUCAUCCUAUAUUGAUUAACCUGAAUCCGCAGAAUGGGAUUAGGCCACCUCGUGUUUUUCGGUUCGAAAGUGCGUGGCUGGCAAACAAGGAAUAUACUGAAAUGCUUUGGACUGCUUGGAUUGAUAGUAAGGAGAUUGGGGAAAAUUUGAGGACUGUCAAAGAGGAGAUUCAUAAGUGGAAGAUGCAUUCGUUGGAUCAAGUUAUAAAUAUGAAGAAAAAUAUUAUGGCUAGGCUGGCAGGAAUCCAAAACUGUCUGCAGAGAAGACAUAAUACUAAGGGCAUGGUGAGGUUGGAAAAGAAGCUACAAGUAGAGCUGAGUCAUAUUUUAAAGCAAGAGGAAGUAAUGUGGUUCCAGCGAUCUAGAACUCAAUGGUUGGUGGAUGGUGAUAGGAACACAAAGUACUACCAUCUUACUGCGGUGAAUAGACGGAAACGUAAUAAGAUUGUAAUGUUGAAAGAUCUGAAUGGGCAGUGGGUAGAAGAUCACAAGCAACUUCAACUUAUGGUGACGGAUUUUUAUAAGGAUCUUUUCUCUUGUAAGCUAGAUUGGGAUGAGAAGGAAAGUACUGUUAUUAAGUUCCCCAUUAUUUCCCCGGCUGAGCGCAGUAGGCUUGAGGAGGAAGUUAGUAAUGAUGAGAUACGUAAAGCUUUGUUUUCCAUGAAGCCUUGGAAAGCUCCAGGGCCUGAUGGGUAUCCGACGGGUUUUUACCAAAGGUCAUGGAAGGUGGUGGGCAACAAAGUGUGUGAGUUUAUUAAAGAUGUGUGGAGGAAUCCUUUCCGUAUUGCUGAGGUUAAUCAAACGGACAUUUGUCUGAUACCGAAGAUGGAGAACCCACAAACUGUUUCUCAUUUCCGGCCUAUAUCUUUGUGUAACUCGAUAUACAAAAUUAUGAGCAAAAUGGUUAUUAAGGAGAUUGAGUUACCCCCGACAAUGUUGAACAUCAUUAUGCACUCCAUAACUAGUGUUGAGACUAAUGUUAAUUGGCAUGGUGCUAAAGGAAAUUUCUUUCGACCUCAGCGAGGCAUUCGGCAAGGGGAUCCGAUUUCCCCGUAUAUUUUUGUGCUUUGCAUGGAUAAACUUACGCAUCUGAUUGAGAAUGCGAUAAGGGAGAAUAAGUGGCAGACUAUUAAGAUGGGCAAACAUGGUCCUGGUAUAUCCCACCUCAUGUUUGCGGAUGAUGUACUUAUAUUUGGAGAAGCAACGGAAGAGCAAAUGAUUAAUGUGGUUGAUAUUCUCCAAAGAUUCGGCAAGAUGUCAGGGCAUGAAGUAAGCAAUGAGAAGUCAAGUGUGCUGUAUUCAAAUAAUGUUCCUCGUGGUGUGAGGAAUAUGUUGACGAAGAUUGCGAAUUUUCGAGAAACUAGUAGUUUUGGAAAGUAUCUCAGAGUGCCUCUUAGUGGAAAAGCAUUGAAGAGAAACGAUUUUCAUUAUAUUCUAGAGCAAGUGGAGGGUAGACUUGCAAACUGGAAAGCUAACGUUUUGUCUUUUGCAGGUCGAGUUACUCUAGUGAAAUCCGUUAUUGAAGUUGUCCCGACGUAUGCGAUGAUGACAAAUAUGCUCCCGAUUUCUUGCAUCAAAGAUAUCCAGCGUGUCCAACGUAAUUUCAUAUGGGGGGACACAAGUACUAAGAAGAAGAUGCAUCUGGUGAAUUGGGAUACGAUUACGAAUCCGAAAGAUCGUGGUGGCCUAGGUUUGAGGAAGCUUGAAAUUAUGAAUAAAGCUUGUCUCAUGAAACUUAAUAGUGGUCUGCUUAAUAAUUCUCAAGAAUUAUAG